UCCGAAAAGCGUCUCGAGAAGGAGUAAAAUUUAAAAAUUCAUCUGUGCAGUUUUCCAUUAGCGCUCCAUAAGCAUUUCGGUGUGAUUUUUGUGGCAGAAAUAAUGAGCUCUGCCGACGAAUUAAAUGAAUCGAUUCAGCAGUACACAGCACAGAUUACCCAGAUUGACCACGCGUUGCAGUUGACGACGGAUAAAAAUGAGCGGCUGGAGUUGGAAAAAUUGAAGCACGAUUUAACCGAACUGCUAAACCUUACGCGAGAAACAUUGGACCAUGCAAACGUCGAUGGGGCGAAACGCUCGGAAACAAAGGACACUCCGGAUCAAAACGGUGGGGACGAUAUUGAAGAUGAGUUUGCACAGUUCAUGAAGGAAAUCAAACAGCUCGACAAGGAGGAAAGUGGUGGGAAAGAAGAGCCAUCCUCCGACGAUUCACCCCCAGCAACGCAGGACGACCUGGAUUUGGACGGUCUAGUCGGCAGCAAAUGUUCGGCGCCGCACGUACACAGCUGGGGCUCGAAGGUUUACCACAAUGCGAUGGUAUGUAGCCUAGACACUGGCGAGCUGGCCAACGCGACGGCAACCGUACUGUUCACAAACCCAACGCACCAGGAAAUGAUACCCUGUUCGUACUUUCUCGAGGGUGAAUGCCGGUUUUCCGAGGACCGCUGUAGGUACUCGCACGGUGAGGUCGUCCGGUUGGACGAACUGCGGGACUACCGUGAGCCCCAGUUUGAGCGAUUGCGUCAAAAGGGUAGCCGGGCGCUGGUCAAACAGCAAUCAUCCCGGCUUUGGUGCAGAGGGACGGUACAAUCGGCGAAUUUUGAGGCGAAAACUUGCAAGGUCCAGCUGGAAGAGGGCAAACAGCGGGAACAGCAAGAGGUACCGUUCGAGGAUCUAUUUCCGCUAGACGACCAAGGCGACCGUUCGGAUGUAGACAAAAGUUCCGAGGAGGACGAUUCGAGCGACGAAGAACUUGAUGAGGAAGCAAUAAGAAAAGCACAACUGGUGGAAAAAAGCCUUUUCCAGCCGGCCCCCGAUCGGCGGUUGGGCGAGUGGGAAGAAUACACACGGGGUAUUGGUUCUAAAAUUAUGCAAAAAAUGGGCUACGUUGUGGGCACUGGCCUGGGGAAGGAGGGCGAAGGACGGGUAGUACCAGUCAGCGCUCAGGUCCUUCCGCAGGGACGCUCGCUCGAUUAUUGCAUGGAACUGCGCGAGCAAGCGAACGGCGACAAGGAUCUGUUUAGCGUGGAGAAAAAGCUGAUCCAGCUAAGGAAACAGCAGGAGCGCAAGGAUGCGCGUGAUUACGCCCGACGCUCAGCGGCAGCCAGCGGACGGAAGGAUGUGUUUAGUUUUAUCAACGAACAGGUUUUUAACGGUGGCGAGAGCUCCAGCUCCCGACAAAGCCAACCCCAAGGGAAGUCCAGCCUUGGGGGUGAUUUGAAGCAGCAUUCAUCGAAAAAUCUUAACAUCGCCAGUUUGAAGCUAUCGGAAGAGAUUCGUCGGGCGGAGGCGGAGGUGGAACGGCUCAAAAUUGCCCUGACACGCCACAAAGCUGGAACUCCCGCAUCGGAUAACUUGCUGAAGCAGAUCGAAGCGAAACGGGCGGAAAUUUCGCGCCUCCAGGCCACGGACUACAACAUUUCGGUGGAGCAGCGCCUGCGGAAUGACAAACGGAAAAUGACAGUAUUUUAAGAUCGCUGAUUACCACAAACGGAAAUAUUUAUUACGGCAUUAAACGAAUCGAUAAUGGAGGAUUAAAUUCGUUCAACGACA